CCGCCCCGGACAGUCCCCUUCUCCCAGCCGCUCCCCUGCGCUGAGCGGGCCCGGGUCACAGCCGCCAGCGGAAAGCUCGUGUCUGAGAACCCAGCGGGAGCGCGGACUGGGCCGGGCUGGGCUGCGUGCACUGACUCAGCCGCUGCCCCCGACAGUUGCAUCCCCUCCCCGUCGUGCGGUGCUGGGAAGCAUGACGACUGCCAUCUUGGAGCACCUGAGCACCCUGUCUGUAAGUGGGCAGCAGCUGCGCCGCCUGCCCAAGAUCCUGGAGAAUGGGCUUCCCAAGAUGCCUUGCACCGUCCCCGAGACAGAUGUGCCCCAGCUCUUCCGGGAGCCUUAUAUCCACGCCGGCUACCGCCCCACAGGCCACAAGUGGCGCUACUACUUCUUCAGCCUCUUUCAGAAACACAACGAGGUGGUUAACGUCUGGACCCACUUGUUGGCGGCUCUGGCCGUCCUCUUGCGAUUCUGGGCCUUUGCGGAGGCUGAGGCCUUGCCCUGGGCCUCUACCAACACCCUGCCCCUGCUCCUCUACGUCCUGUCCUCCAUCACUUACCUCACGUUCAGCGUUCUCGCCCACCUGCUGCAGUCCAAGUCGGAGCUCUCCCAUUAUACUUUCUACUUCGUGGACUACAUUGGUGUGAGCGUUUACCAGUACGGCAGUGCCUUGGUUCACUUCUUCUACACCUCGGACCAGGCCUGGUAUGAGCGCUUCUGGCUUUUCUUCUUGCCAGCAGCUGCCUUCUGUGGCUGGUUAUCUUGCGCCGGCUGUUGCUAUGCCAAGUAUCGUUACCAGAGACCUUACCCCGUCAUGAAGAAGAUCUGUCAAGUGGUGCCCUCGGGGCUGGCCUUCAUUCUAGACAUCAGCCCGGUGGCGCACCGAGUGGCCCUGUGCCACCUGGCUGGCUGCCAGGAGCAGGCGACCUGGUACCACACCCUCCAGAUCCUCUUCUUCCUGGUCAGCGCCUACUUCUUCUCUUGCCCCGUUCCUGAGAAGUACUUCCCGGGUUCCUGUGACAUUGUGGGCCAUGGGCAUCAACUCUUCCACGUGUUUCUGUCUAUCUGCACACUCUCCCAGCUGGAGGCCAUCCUCCUGGACUACCAGGGGCGGCAGGAAAUCUUCCUGGAGCGCCACAGUGCCCUGUCUGUCUACAUGGCCUGUCUGUCUUUCUUUCUCUUGACCGCCUGCAGCACUGCCACCGCAGCCCUCCUGAGGCACAAAGUCAAGGCCAGGCUGAUGCAGAAAGAUUCCUGAGGCUGGCGGGUGGGGCGAGGUGUGGAGGCACCCCAUUGUGACUGGAGGGAAAUGCGAUUUAGAAAAAUUAAGAGUUGGCUUUUAAAUUAAUACAUGUUUCCAAGGAUGUGCUAUGGGUAUGGCAUUAGGAAGCCAAAGGAUUCAAGAGUUAGGUUGUUACAGUGGUUGUCAAUAAAAGGAGAAUUCCUUUUCCCUCUGGGUCAUAGCCUGUCAAGAUACAGGAAAGGAAGGGAUGUUGGCUAAGAUUCAUGGGACACUGCAUUAAGAACCGUCUUCAUGCCUGAAAAUUUAGUCGAAUUCUGAAUAUGGCUUCCAGGGGCAAGUCCUGGAGCUGAAGGGAUAAUAAAACUGGACUGGAAAACAAGUAGUUGGCUGGUCCACACUGUAUUGGCAUGGCCAUCCUAUUAUGCUGGUCUUUGGUAAUCGAAGAAACCAACCCAAGGGCCCAAUUUCAUUUGGAUUUCAGAUUGUCCAGGGUGGAGAAUUCAUAAUUUUUAAGAUUCAGUGAAACCCUUAGACAUCAUGCAUUAUUCAGUUCAUCUGAUUUGUGGUCCCUCCAUUCUCACCCACUCUAAUCCUGACCCUUUUCUCAGGAUGACAUCUCCCUGGCUGUUGUCUCUAAAGUGCUAUUCACUCCCAUCCAUACCUUGGUAAUACACAAGACUCUGAAAUAGUCAUACUUGCAGGAAAUGUUUGGAUCCAUGUGGACAUUCAGGAAUCUUAUUCUCAUAUAACACUAAUGUAAACGGUACUAGAAAGUACAGUGCCAAGAGCCAGCAGGAGGCCCAGACUGCAAGCAUGGAUACUGUUUGGUGUCAUGGGACGUGGUUUUUUUUAUGUCUGUGGACUGUGGGAUUAUUUGAGAUCUGUUAGGGCUGCCUUACAGGCCAGAAGAUUUGGGGCUUGGUCCGGGGAAUCUUCUCCAGAUUUUGACCCCUGGUAUAGUGAAUUAGUUCUAAGGGUCCCUUUAGGGAUCUGAUUAUUUCAAGAGGAACCCAAGGUCCAGCCUUUUAAAUAGAUGCUGCCAUAAGAAGAACCCACAUAACUACCCUAGUUCAGAGUCUUUAGGCAGACAGUUAUGCCUCCACUUAGAGCUGAACCCUUAAAAUGAUCAAGCCCCAGGACAGGUGAGCAUGUGUGCUCACUGUGGGUUGGUCUCUGAAGGCUCCUUUGGGUAAGAAUGGUGAGGUGGGUACCCUGUAGCUAGAAUGUUCUGUUUAGAACAUUGCUGCUUAGCAGCUUCUAUGGGAUAGGUGGUACUUGCCAUUGAUGUAUUCUGACCAUGCAGCCUCUCUGAGGACUGACUUCUGCGCUCAUCUAGUGAAAGGGGCUGUGGUGAUAAAAGAGCCAUGGAAGCCUUCCCGUGGCCACAUCUUGUAUCACUAUAAGGUCCCUGUUACUAAAAAGGGAAGUGGUUUGUUUUCACUCCAGUUUGGUGAACGUCUUCUAUUACUAGACUAUUUUGUUGUCUUCAAAUCUGUGUUAUCUUUCUUUCUCUGAGAGAUUUGUGGGUUUUGUGCCUUAUAAAUGGAAAUGUAUGAACACUACUUAA